CAUUUCAUAGAUCCUCAUGUCCACCCUAAACAAUUCGCUCGAUCAAUUUAUAUCCAAUGUGGUAGAUAAGCCUCAUGUCUUUUUUAGUUCAAAUGAAAAGAUUGCCAGUAGUGCUUUAGAAAUGGCAAAACACUUUUAUGACGAUGUCAAAAAAGUAGAACCAAUUCAAUUUUCGCCCUUUACAGAACUCUUGACAGAAGGAUUUGAUAACGAUCAAAUCUGGGAAGAAAUCGCAGCUCAAAAUGAACCUUUUCUUGAUUAUGCUAAGACAGCCCUCAAGACAUUCAACAAAAGGCCUGUAGCUGAAGAUACAAGUGAAGAUGAGAGUGUAUCUGGUCAGUCUAUGGAUCUCGAUCAAGAUGAAUCGCAACAAGAUGAAGAUAUGGAAGAAUUUGAACUAGAUCAAGAUUCUGAGCAAGAUCAAGACGAAGAAGAAGAACCAUUCCGUGACCUUGACGAAGAAAACGAUGACCUCGAAGAAGAAGAAGAAGAAACGAAAGAAGAAAAACCUUCUAAAAAGACACAUUUGAGAAACACAUCCAAAAAGACUUCUGAAGUAGACGACGAGUUUUUCAAUUUGGAUGAAUUCAACAAGUGGACAGAAGAACAAGAAGAACUAGACAUGAUGUCUGAUCGUGAAGAUCAAGACGAUGAAUUUGAUUUUGAUAAAGACUUAGAUGCUGAAGAAGAUUCAGAAGAUGAAGACAUGGAUGAUACAAAUGCUGCUGCUGAAUUACUGUAUGAUGAUUUCUAUGAAAAGCCUAAAAAGAGUAAGCCAUACACACCUCAAAAGAAGGUCCAAUUUGAAGAAGAAGAAGAAGAAGAACAAGAACAAGAACAAGAACAAGAUGAACAAAAUGACGAAGAAGAAGAAGACAAUGCUUUGGAAGGCUCUGUUCGCGAUUUGUUUGCCAAUGAUGACUCUGAAGCCGAAGAGAAUGAGGAAAAGUCAGCAUUUCAAAAGCAACAAGAACACCUUCAAGCUCAAAUUGAAGAAUUCGAAGACGAAAACAUUCAGGAUAAGCAUUGGACAUUACGCGGUGAAGCCAAUGCAUCUGCUAGACCUGUCAACAGUUUAUUAGAAGAAGACCUUGAAUUUGAACAUGCCAAUAAGCCUGUACCUGUCAUUACACAAGAGACAACAAACACACUUGAAGAAAUAAUCAAGAAGCGUAUUUUAGACAACAUGUUUGAUGAUGUUGAACGUAAAGUAGAUCCUACACUCAAGCCUUUUGUGCCUUCAAAGCGUGUUGAAUUAAGCGAUGAAAAAUCCAAGAAAUCUUUGGCUGAAAUGUAUGAAGAUGAUUAUGUCAGCAAACAAACAGGCGAAGCACAAAAAGACGUACGUGAUGAAGCUCUGGAGAAAGAACACCAAGAGAUUACAGAUAUGUUCCAAACCUUGUGUCAUAAACUGGAUGCUCUCUCUAACUUCCAUUACACACCCAAGGCACCUAAGCCUGAAAUGGCAAUUGUCAGUAAUUCAGCUGCUAUCAGCAUGGAAGAAGUCACACCCGUGAAUGUGUCCGAGGCUACUUUGUUGGCUCCUGAAGAAGUCUAUGAUAAGAAGCGUGGUGAUGUCAAGGCAGCUUCAGAAAUGGAUCAAGAUGAACGUAAGCGCUUAAGAGCACAAAAGAAGAAGUUGAAGAGAAAGGAGCGCGAAAUGAAGGAAAGAGAAUUGAAGGUGAUGAAGAAAUACAAUCCUCACAUGGGCGAGAAACAAUCCAAAAAGAAGGCAGUCAAGGAAUUACUUGGUCAAAAGAAUGUCACUGUUAUUGGCAAAGAUGGUCAGAAGAAAUCUACAAGCAAAGCAGUUACUUCUGCUUCCCUUUUCUAAACAUUUCUUAGACAUAGAAGAAAGAUAUUUUAUUUUACAUAUUUACAUAAAAGAGAUCCAUAUACAUAUUAUAAAGAAGAUGAAAAAGAAGAAAAAAAAAGAGAGAGAGCCAUAUUUACACAUAAAAUAGAGAAGCAUAUCAUAAAGUGUUCAU